CCUGAUUCGUCUUAUAGCUGUCUACUUUCGCUCACACUGUAGCUCGAAAUUCCCUCCAAAGUAAAUACACAAUGUUUGUAUUUUUGAAAUGAUUACAUUUAACAUUAACGAGAAGAUAACGUGUUGAUUCACUUAGACACUAAAGUUCUCACGACAUAGCCAGCUGUCACUGUGUUGUUGACAGUGAGGAUUAUUUUGCUCGACGAGAACUGCAGCCAUGAUGGCGUCUAACUACAACGCUAAGGAAGAGUACGGACACCAGCCUGGUGCUACGGGCCAUGGAGGCGCAGGAACUAUGACAAAUAAAAAGCCGGACAACACUGCGUUCAAACAGCAAAGACUGCCCGCGUGGCAACCUAUUUUGACAGCAGGCGCUGUUCUUCCUGCUUUCUUUGUCAUUGGUCUCAUCUUCAUCCCCAUCGGCGUUGGGCUUUUCGUGACAUCAAACAACAUCAAAGAGUUCGCGGUAACGUUAGCUAACAAACCAUAAAGUAUAGAUACCAUAGCAUAGUCAAUUCAUUUUGAUUGUGUAUGGGUUAACUCUGUUGGCUAGCUAACUAUCUUUCAGUUAUUGUUUGCUUUGAGUGUAAUUGCUAGCUAAAUUGUCGCUGUGUUAUUGAUCAUCUCCCUAAUUUACAGAUCGAUUACACUGGUGUUGACAUGUCAAGUCCGUGCUACAACUGUUCUCAAAGCUACAGCUGGAACAGCACAAAGUCAUGUACCUGCUCUGUACCCUUCGCUCUGGAUCAACCAUUUGAGGUAAGCUGAACAUAACCUACAGCCUUAUUUUCCCUUUGGGGUUCUCAAAGUACUGUAUAAUCACAAUUAAAAGUGUAGGCAAGUCGAUCAGUAAUAACUGGACUGGAGGCAUACUUCCGUUUAGUGUCCAUUAACUACUCUUUAUCUGCUCUAUUUAGAAACACUUAAUGGUCGGCCCCUGUGUCUUCAGAAUCGAUCAUUACUAUUUUAAACCAUUGCCCUGAAUGUUAUUUAUUAUGCACUCAAAUAGCUUUUUCAGGAGGAUGUUAUUAUGUGAAGGAAAUCCUUAUUUAGACACUCAACCCCCUGCCCUUUCAUCUUGGAGUUGCUGCAUUGUUGCAUUGUCUUAUGAAGGCCUAUUCUCUCAUCCGAUGAAUAACUAAUCUAAUUCAUGACUCAUUGAUCUGAAAUUCUUCCCCUACAGAGCAACGUUUUCAUGUACUACGGAUUGUCAAACUUUUAUCAGAAUCACAGACGCUAUGUGAAGUCAAGAGAUGACAGCCAGUUAAACGGAGAUAAGACUUCUCUACAGGUAUGUUACAGGUGCACUGUUACGAACCCUGUGGCUUUAAAAGUCUAGGGUGGAUGGAAAAGAGACCCGUAACAUAACUCAUGCAAAUUAGAAUAGUGACACGGAAACAGUGAGAACAAAAAUACAUCGACAACCAUAAGCUACCGUCAAACACAAAAUGUUUAUUAUGAACACACGGUAAAGGUUUGGGAAAAGGGGCUGAGCAGGACCCAAGGAAUGAAACAAUAAUGUCAAAAACCCCUAAACUGAUCUUGCCUGCCUCAAGAACCGCUAAGCUACUGCUAACCAUACAAAAAUACAGUGGGUGGUCCGCUCAGGUCUAACUAGUGUUUUUAGACAAUGUUUUUCCUACGGGUAAUGUAUGCCCAAGGGCAACUUGCUAAAUCCCCCUUUUCCCAGGAACACACAACAUAGUUACCAUAUAGAGUAAACAGCAAAUGAGUGAGUACACAAAAAACAGGACACCACAGUAUCCAUACUCACAAAUGAAAAGAGUCUCUCUGUCAGCAAACACAACUGACUAGCUUUUAAAACAAUGUGAUGUGAGUGAAAAACCAGAAACAGGUGGUGCAAUGCAGAGGAAUGUCCACUGAUUGGUCCACCUCAGCAAUCAGCAGACGAACGGAUGUCGGACAGGUUGGACACCCCAACGAACACCAAUCAGGAACACAAAGGACACCUGUGAUUAGGGCAGAAGGAGAGGAAAAACACAUACAGGAUACCUGUAUCCGUAACAUGCACUUAGAUGUAGCCUAUGCCCUCUCUACUAUCAAGUAUCACAUUAUAUAUUGAAUAGAUAUAGGCCUAAUUGUUAGAUUUAAACAUCUCAUAAUUUGUAUGCUGCACUGAAACAUCUUGGCACUCUUUACAGAGCCCCAGCAAGGAAUGUGAGCCGUACCGCAGCAGUGACAACAAGCCAAUCGCUCCAUGUGGUGCUAUCGCCAAUAGCCUCUUCAAUGGUAAGAUUUGAGGGCAAAAUGUUCACUUAGCAAAAAGUUUUUCCAUUUUCUGUGCCGCAGUCUUAGUAACAUUACUGCACAAACAAAUGCUCAACCACAAACUUACACAACACUAUUUACAGUGCAUUCGGAAAGUAUUCACACCUCUGGACUUUUUCCACAUUUUGUUAAAUCAGGUUCUUGGUCACCUCCCUGACCAAGGCCCUUCUCCCCUGAUUGCUCAGUUUGGCUGGGCGGCCAGCUCUAGGAAGAGUCUUGGUGGUUCCAAACUUCUUCCAUUUAAGAAUGAUUGAGGCCACUGUGUUGUUGGGACCUUCAAUGCUGCAGACAUUUUUUGGUACCCUUCCCCAGAUCUGUGCCUCGACACAAUCCUGUCUCUGAGCUCUAUGGACAAUUCCUUCGACCUUAUGGCUUGGUUUUUGCUCUGACAUGUACUGUCAACUGUGGGACCUUUAUAUAGACAGGUGUGUUCCUUUCCAAAUCAUGACCAAUCAAUUGAAUUUACCACAAGUUGUAGAAACAUCAAGGAUGAUCAAUGGAAACAGGAUGCACCUGAGCUCAAUUUUGAGUCUCAUAGCAAAGGGUCUGAAUACUUAUGUAAAUAAGGUAUUUCAGUUUUUUAUUUGUAAUACAUUAGCAAACAUUUCUCUACCUGUUUUCACUUUGUCAUUAUGGAGUAUUGUGUGUAGAUUGAGGGGGGGGGAAAUAAUUAUCAAUUUUAGAAUAAGGCUGUAACGUAACAAAAUGUGGGAAAAGGGAAGGGGUCUGAAUACUUUCCGAAUGCACUGUAGAUACACGUCUGCCUAUUUGGACCAGCCCUUGAAUAGAGUUUUUGGAGUGGAUUUACUCUAGCUUGCCAUUAAAGCGUCAGUGUUGGUCCACUAUUUCAGAGACCGGGCUUGCUAUUGACUGCCAUGUAUAUCUCCUCAUCAGACACUCUGGAGCUGUAUUACAUUGACCCCAAUGGCUCCAGAACGGCGAUUCCUCUGGUGAAGAAGGGUAUUGCAUGGUGGACGGACAAGCAUGUCAAAUUCAGGAACCCCAGUGGAAACAACAACAACCUCACUGUAGUUUUCCAAGGUGAUUUGCAUACCAUGCAAAAUGACACGACUACCUUGUAAUAAUCAAAUGAUCAUGACUGACUAGGCCUUUUUCCUCCUUCAGGCACAAGCAAACCUGUGAACUGGAGAAAAGCUGUCUAUGAGCUGGACCCAUCGGACUCUGACAACAAUGGCUUCAUCAAUGAGGAUUUCAUUGUGUGGAUGAGGACAGCUGCCCUGCCCACCUUCCGCAAGCUGUACCGCAUCAUCCAGAAGAAGGCCAACAACUUGACCCCCACUCUUCCCCGAGGGGAAUACAUCCUGGAGGUCACCUACAGUAUCCUUUUGAGAAAGACCGCAAUCCAUAUAGAUUCAUGGUAGGCAUACACUACCAGUCAAAAGUUUGGACACACCUACUCAUUCAAGGGUUUUUCUUUAUUUUUACUAUUUUUUACAUUGUAGAAUAAUAGUGAAGACAUCAAAACGAUGAAAUAACACAUGGAAUCGUGUAGUAAGCAAAAAAGUGUUAAACAAAUCAAAAUAUAUUUGAGAUUCUUCAAAUAACCAGCUUCAUGAGGUAGUCACCUGGAAUGCAUUUCAAUUAACAGGUGUGCCUUCCUAAAAGUUAAUUUGUGGCAUUUCUUUCCUCCUUAAUGUGUUUGAGCCAAUCAGUUGUGUUGUGACAAGGUAGGGGUGGUAUACAGAAGAUAGCCCUAUUUGGUAAAAGACUAAGUCCAUAUUAUGGCAAGAACAGCUCAAAUAAGCGAAGAGAAACGACAAUCCAUAAUUACUUUAAGACAAAAAGUUCAGUCAAUACAGAACAUUUCAAGAACUUUGAAAGUUUCUUCAAGUGCCGUCACAAAAACCAUCAAGUGCUAUGAUGAAACUGGCUCUCAUGAGGAACACCACAGGAAUGGAAGACCCAGAGUUACUUCUGCUGCUGAGGAUAAGUGCAUUAGUUACCAGCCUCAGAAAUUGCAGCCCAAAUAAAUGCUUCAGAGUUCAAGUCACAGACACAUCUCAACAUCAACUGUUCAGAGGGGACUGUGUGAAUCAGGCCUUCAUGGUCGAAUUGCUGCAAAGAAACCAAUACUAAAGGACACCAAUAAGAAGAAGAGACCUGCUUGGGCCAAGAAACACGAGCAAUGGACAUUAGACCGGUGGAAAUGUGUCCUUUGGUCUAGAGUCCAAAUUUUAGAUUUUUGGUUUGACUGUUGUCUUUGUGAGACGCAGUGUGGGUGAACGGAUGAUCUCCGCAUGUGUAUUUCCCACCGUAAAGCAUGGAGGAGGAGGUGUUAUGUUGUGGGGGUGCUUUCCUGGUGACACUGUCUGUGAUCUAUUUAGAAUUCAAGGCACACUUAACCAGCAUGGCUACCACAGCAUUCUGCAGUGAUACGCCAUCCCAUCUGGUUGGGCUUAGUGGGAUUACCAUUUGUUUUUCAACAAGAAGGAGAGUGAUUGAGUGCUGCAUCAGAUGACCUGGCCUCCACAAUCCCCCGACCUCAACCCAAUUGAGAUGGUUUGGGAUGAGUUGGACCGCAGAGUGAAGAAAAAGCAGCCAACAAGUGCUCAGCAUAUGUGGGAACUCCUUCAAGACUGUUGGAAAAGCAUUCCAGGUGAAGCUGGUUGAGAGAAUGCCAAGAGUGUGAUCAAGGCAAAGGGUGGCUACUUUGAAGAAUAUCAAAUAUAUAUUUUGAUUUGUUUAACACUUUUUUUUGGCUACUACAUGAUUCCAUAUGUGUUAUUUCAUAGUUUUGCUGACUUCACAAUUUAUUCUACAAUGUAGAAAAUAAAGAAACUCUUGAAUGAGUAGGUGUGUCCAAACUUUUGACUGGUACUGUAUAUGUUUGUAUUGAGAGAACAUUGCACAUAGGAUACAUUUACAUUUACAUUUUAGUCAUUUAGCAGACGCUCUUAUCCAGAGCGACUUACAGUUAGUGAAUACAUUUUUUUUUUUUAUACUGGCCCCCCGUGGGAAUCAAACCCACAACCCUGGCGUUGCAAACGCCAUGCUCUAUCAACUGAGCUACAUCCCUGCCGGCCAUUCCCUCCCCUACCCUGGACGACGCUGGGCCAAUUGUGCGCCGCCCAUGAGUCUCCCGGUCGCGGCCAGCUGCGACAGAGCCUGGAUUCGAACCAGGAUCUCUAGUGGCACAGUUAGCACUGCGAUGCAGUGCCUUAGACCACUGCGCCAUACAUAGAGGCAUAUGAGUUUGUGUUCAGUUAUAAACUUACUCCAUUUAGCUAUAAUUACAAUAAAUCAACCUAUGUCCAGUACAAUGCUUACUGUACUGAAUCUUUAUUCUCUUUUACCAUUCACAACGUCUACAUAGGAUAUAUACAAUUAUCUUUAAAAUCUUCAUGUCCAGAUGCUGCUGCUGUCAUUUCCUUUUAACCAUGUGAACUCAGAUUACCCCGUGCGGAGCUUCAAUGGGAGGAAGCGCAUGAUCCUGAGCACCAUCUCCUGGAUGGGCGGCAAGAACCCCUUCCUGGGCAUCGCUUACAUCACAGUGGGCUCCGUCUGCUUCUGCCUGGGCUUAGUCCUCCUCAGCAUCCACUACAGAUAUGGGAAACGUAACAACAGUGCAGAGAUUUCCAGCUGA